AUGAAAUAAGCCAUUUAAAAAGCGAUGAUUGAAAUUGCAAAUCCUAAAAAAGGAAAGGAAAUUUCUUCUUACAUGAAAAAUGUUCUUCCAUUUAGAGGUUUAUAAUAACCAGAAAUUACUAAAGUAUUCAAUUCAUUCAAGGAUUAAAUAAAAUAAUUGGAGGAUGAUUAAAAGUAUGAGAUAGCUGACUUUUUGAUGAGAUAAGAAUAUGGGGAAGAUAAGAAGAUAGCAUUGAUGAUUGCGGAAAAAAUGAAAUUUAAUUUAUAAAGAAUAAAGCUAACAGAAAAAUGGUUUAUUGAUGGUCACAUAAAAGAAUGGGCAACAGCAGAUACGUAUUGUGGAAGAGUUUUAAAGUAGUUUGUAAUCGAGAAGGAAAACGCAAAAUUAAUGUUGGAUUGGGCUAAGCAUGAAAAUUUAUGGAUGAGAAGAUCUAGUUGUGUAGGUUUUGUAACUUUGGCAAGAAAGAAAGUAUGUGAUAUGAAUCUGCUUUUUGAGAUAUGUUAAGAGAACAUAGUUCAUUAAGAACGAUUUAACUAAUUAGGAACAGGUUGGUUAUUAAGGGAAAUGUCACUGGUUGAUCUAAAAGGAGUAAUUGAAUUUAUUGAAAAAAACAUUAAAUAUUUCAGUAGUGAAGGUUUAAGGUAUGCUUAUGAGAAAAUGAAACAAAGAGAUUAAAAUUACUUGAAAAAUUUAUUAAAAAAUACUAAUUCAAAAGAUAAUAAUCAAUAAGAUGACGACGAUAAUGACGAAGAAGAAAAAGGAGAUUAGUAAUAAAAGAAAUAGAAAUUAAAGAAAAAUGAUUCAGAAGAAGAAAGUGACGAAGAGUUUAAAAUUAAGAAACCAAAAAGAUAAAGUAGACAAUAUAAAAGGAAACUGUGA